AUGGUAUUCGAGUACUUCAAACAUAGACGAGAUAUCAAUCUCAAGAGAAAUGAGCGCGCAGAUAAAAUUUCUACCCUGGAAAAAGAAGGCUUUGGUGAACCCCUCACCGCCCAGGAACGCGCCGCUAUCAACCUCUACACUGAAGAUGCUGUUGCCCAGAUCAAGUCCGGUGCGCUGGACGCGUCGGUCCUCUUCCGCGCAUAUUCCAAGCGUGCUUUGCAGGCACAGCACGAUACAAACUGUCUGACAGAACUACUUAUUGACCCGGGUUAUGCCGAGGCCAAGGCCCUGGACCCUACUACUGAGGAAAACAAGUCUAAGCCUUUGCUCGGCUUCCCCGUUUCCGUCAAAGACACCCACAACAUCAAGGGCUACGAUUCUACCAUUGGCUACACUGCAAAUGCAUUCCACCCUGCUACCAAGGAUGCCCCCAUCAUCAGAAUGCUCCGCGAUGCUGGUGCAAUCCCCUUUGUUAAGACUAACGUCCCCUACACCAUGCUUUCCUUUGAGUGCUACAAUGACCUGUGGGGUUACACCGAUAACCCACACGUUGCCGGUUACGCCCCUGGUGGCUCUACCGGUGGUGAGGCCUGUCUCCUGGCUUACGGUGGUUCCCGUAUCGGUGUCGGCACAGACGUUGCUGGCUCUGUCCGUGUCCCCGCCCACUUUUCUGGCUGCUACUCUCUUAAGUGCUCCACAGGCCGUUUCCCCAAGGUUGGUAACACCACUUCUAUGAGUGGCCAAGAAGGUAUCCCUGCCGUCUACUCACCCAUGACUAGAACUCUUCCUGAUCUGGGUUACUUCCUCAAGUCUGUCAUUAGCAUGAAGCCUUGGGAGUAUGACUACACUGUCCAUCCCAUGCCUUGGGAUAACUCUGUUGAGCAGGCUUUGAAAGACAAGGCUAAGAACACCCCUAAGGAAGUCAAGGUUGGUGUCAUUUAUGAUGACGGCGUUGUUACCCCCUCUCCUGCCUGCCGCCGUGCUUUGGAUCUUACUCUUGAUGCUCUUAAGGCCCAAGGCUAUACUAUUUCCGAGUUUGAUGCCCCUGAACCUCUCCAAGCCCUUCGUAUUGCUUCUCAACUUCUUGUUAGUGAUGCUGGUAAGGUUGCUCUUCGCAAGCAGCGCUGUGGUGAGCACAAUGAUGCUGGUGUUGAUCGUUUCAUGAAGGGUGCUCGUCUCCCUCGUUUUGUUAAGAAGAUCUGGGCUUGGUUCUUAGAAAACAUUUGGGGUGACCACGUUUGGGCCACUCUUGUUCGCGACUGGAAUGAGAAGACCAUUGUUGAGCGUUGGGAUCUUGUUGCUGAACGUGAAGGCUACAAGGCUGCUUUCUUUGACAAGUGGUCUGAGUCUGAAAUUGAUUUCUUGAUUACUGUUCCUAAUGCCACUCCUUCUUUCCCCCACCGUGGUCUUCUUGAGAGUUACGCUUCUUGUGGCUACACCUUUAUGUUUAACCUUCUCGACUACGCUGCUGGUAUUCUCCCCGUUACUAAGGUUGACAAGGAAAAGGAUGCUUUGCCUAAAGACUUCAAAAUUAACAAGCUCAACCGUGUUGCCAGAGGUGCCUAUGUCAACUACAAUGCUGAAAAGAUGCACGGUCUCCCUGUCGGUAUCCAGGUUGUUGCUCCUCGUCUCCGUGAAGAGACAUGCCUUGCUGCCAUGGACCUUGUUUCUGAUGCUCUCCAGGCUAACGGCACUACUUAUGAAUUGCUUAAUGCUUAA